AUGGGCAACGACCAGAGUAUCCCCCCACACCGCAUGGAGGAACCGCGCUACCCCGUCUGGCGUUCAGGCACGGGCAAGCUGCCGAGGGACCAGGCCUCCUCGCACACUCUGUUCUGGCGGCUGCUGAGCGGCUGCACGCUCCGCCUCGAAGUCAACAUCGCGCUGUGCUUUGGCGACGUGUGCCGCGUGGUGAUGGUUCUGCACGACGACGAUGCUGAGCUCGACCAUCCGCACGACUCGCCGCUGGGCUGCCAGCGCCACCUGCUACCCGCCCGGCACCGGCGGCUGCAGCUGGUCGAAGGUCUGCCCGCGUCAGGCCAAGACCGCAAGCUACCCAGGGCCAUCUUCGCCGGCUCGUCGAUGGCCGACGCGCGGCAGAUCUGCCAGCACAGCGGCCUCCAGCGCGAUUCCACGCUACACGUGGUCAUUCCCGAACAGACCACCUGGCGCGCUCUGCCUCGAGGCCACUGUGAAGCUGGCGGCCGGGACUCGAGUGGCGGCGGUGACUGGCUGCUCGGGCGGUGGCGCCAGUGGUGGCAAGGGUCCGCCCAGUCGACGUCGAGCUGGGCGUUGCCUGCCGGGUGGGACGACGGCCUGAGCGACGUCGUCGCCAACCACGGAUCACUCCAAAUCACAGGUCGCGCAGACUACAUCCGAUCCUGCCUUCUUGAGAUCGUGGAACGGGAGGGACUCCGCUUGGUAGGCCAGCGCGAUGAGACGCAGGAGGAGAUGGUGGACGAGCUGAUGAAGGGCAUAACCGACGACAUCAACAACCACCCGCUCGACUUCUUCGUCGCCUUGCGCGCUCCCGCCAAAGCCACCACCUACCACGGCAGCGGCGACUCGUCGUCGUCGACCACCGAGCCGCGUGAAUCGCCAGAGUUCGUCGUUCACGUGCAGCUGUCCCCGCUGUAUCCGCUCGCGCGUGAGCGGUGCCGCAUGCUCACGCCCAUUCUCCAUCCGCUCGUCACACCACUGCUCGACCUGACCGGGGACGCCGACAACAACGAGCGAUCGACCGAGGCUUCUCCGGCCGAGAACGGCCCCGCCGGCGGGCGCCAGCCGUCGAUCCACGAAGCCGGCCGUAUGGCCUUUUUAGCUCCGAAGGGGAGCGCUCAUCUCAACGCGAAAUCAACGAAACACACGCUCGACCAACUGCUGGCGUGGUUCCGGGACGAGUGGCUCUUCGAGCCCGUGGCCUGUGCCCAGCACUUUACUGAGACCCACCCCCCGGACGCCACGCCGGCGGUGAUGCAGUGGAUCACGGACGGCGACGAGAUGACGCGGCGCGCGCGGUGGCUGGCCGCGGUGGGCGAAGGCGGACCCCGGUGGCGCCCGGAGAUGCACGCCGUGUGCCCGCGUGCGUUCCGGGCCGAAGUGCGCCUGCUGCUGCUGGCACGGCAGCGCGGCGACAACAUGGUGGCGGCCCUCCCGGUGGAAGUGGUCUGGCACAUCAUCGACGCUCUGCUCAGGCUCCACAUCGCCUCCGGCUCCCUCUUUUUCCAGUAG